AGGUUUCGUGAAAAAGAUGAUCCUACCAAGAGUAUUAAGGAUCGACCUGUUUGACUUGAUUGUUUUAUUAGUUGUUAUUAAAUUUUUGUACUACUACUCGUAACCUCAAAUCUAGAUUGUGUAAUUAUGAGUUACUUUAUGCUGCAGCAACUCUCGAGGUGUAGAGUAAUUAAUAGGUACACGUUGAAAAAAUGUAUACAACAGAUUGUUCCAAGACUAUACAGUGUAAAUAAUGACGAUGCGUACAACAGGAGGCAAGAGAUUAAAAGGCAAAAAAGAGCCAGGAGAAAAGAAAUCAGGGCACGUCUGAUUCAAGAUUUCAAGCAGACGAAGCAAAAGGUGGAAGAAAUCAUCGAAAGGGAAAACAUCUACACGAUACCAAAUUUUUUGUGCAUCGGGAGAAUACUGACAACGCCGGGUCUAGGCUAUCUCAUAGUAAUUCAAGACUACCAAUUAGCCUUAGGGCUACUGGGACUUGCUGGACUGUCUGAUUUGGCUGAUGGUUGGAUAGCACGCACAUGGACGUCACAAGCUUCUAAGCUUGGUAGUUUUCUUGACCCAGUGGCUGAUAAGCUCUUAGUUGGAACAAUGUUUUUAUCUUUAACGUGGGUUGGUCUCAUACCUGUGUGGCUAACGUGUCUUGUUAUUGUAAGAGAUGUUACUUUGGUAGCUGCUGCUUCUUACAUUAGAUAUCGCUCCUUGCCACCACCAAAAACUUUGACUAGAUAUUUUGAUGCUACACAUGCAACAGUGCAAUUAGCCCCAACAAUGAUAAGUAAGAUCAACACAGGAGUCCAAUUAAUGCUAGUUGCUGGGACGUUGGCUGCACCUGUUUUUAAUUUUGUGGAUCACCCACUUUUGCAGGGUCUGUGUUAUCUUACAGCUUUUACUACCAUUGCUGGUGGCGUUAGUUACAUUAUAUCAAAAAAUACAUAUAAAAUGCUGUCAAAAAAGCAUAACACUCACAGCUAAUAUAAUUAAGGAAA